AUGGCCGCCGUCAUGCGCGAAUCACCCGACAUCGCAAAUGGCAUCGCAGAGCACGCCAAUGGGACGAGGCCAAGCAGACGCAGUCGCAGAGCUCCCCCUGGAAUUGACGGCUACGACCACUCAAAAACACCCCACAGCCCAAAUGGAGCCCAUUCUCCAGCGGGAGAUCAGAGUUUCGCAGCCCGAGCUCGCAAUCAGCCCGAGGGCAAUUUGAACUACACUACGCGCAAACCGGUUCCUGAAUUUGCGUCAGAACUGUCAGAGGAGUCGACCACACCGCGAGGUCUUCCCCCGGGUGCUCGUGCUUCCAACUCCAAUGCCCCAGAAAUCCAAGUCUCUUCUCCACCACCGGGAUCUACUUCAUCUGCUGGCCCAGCUCGGUCAAACACCAUGCGCUCCGAUGCGGGCGAGGACUCUCGGCGAGACUGGGCAUCGGACCGAUCACCUCUCCAAAAAUUGGAGGUGACUUUGACAGGCAUCAGCAAAGAAGAAAAGCGCUUACGCGUGCGAGAGGCGGAGGCUAAAGCCCGGGAGCGAAUGGCCCGCAAAAAGGCUAAGGAGGAAAAGGCCGCAUUGGCGGCCGCAGCACGACAAGCAUCGGAACAGCCUGUGGAAGGCAGUCAAAAGCCACGCAGUGCAGGGAAUAAGAACGAGCGAAACGAUAUCGCGGUCCAUCGUGACAGGCGGAAUGGACAUGAGAAUGCCACACAGCAACAACAGCCUGAGAAAACCACUGCGCGUCACACCAGAAAUGGCUCGGUAAACCCUCAAUAUCCAGCCGUUCGGCGUCCUGAAAACCCCCAGUUUGCCCAAGCACAAGUCGCUAUACCAGCAUCGGCCAAGAUGGGCAACGUGCCUAAAAGAUCAGUCACAGUCAGCGGACCUGCAAAGCCAGGCCUUUCUCCUAGUAUCGGCCAUAGCAGGUCCAUGUCUCACGCGGCCCCUCGUCCUGGGCAGGUUCCUUCGGCCCUCAGGGCAGAGAGAUCACCGAACUUAUCUCCCGCACCACUUGCCCCUCAAGAUAGUGCCGAGUCACAGAGCAAGCCCAAGAACGUUUCGUUCAAUGUACCGCCUCCUACGCCACCUCCGGUCUUUGAAUGGAGAGGCGCACUGCCGGCUCAGCUUCGAGCCUCCGAUUUCGAUUUCCAGAAUCUGGACAUAAAUCGAAGCAAAGCGUGGUGGGAAGGUGGCGACAACAAGGAUCGCCGAAAGAGCAGAGCUCUCCCCAAAAAUUACAAGACUCCUGCCCAAAAAUUGACAGUGACUGAACACAAAAACUUCCAGCCUCCUCUUUUCCUACGAUGUGGUCCAUUGCUACGAUACACAGGAAUCAAGCGAGUCAACGCCGGCACCCCCGCCGAGCCUGUAGAGAAAGGCAUCUGGCGAGGCUCUAUAUUGAUUGCCACAGGAGAUGCUCGUUCUUUCUACGAUACCCCGCCCACAUUGAGACUAUUUUCACAGCCUAUGGACCUUCUCCCACCUCCACCUGUUGAGGUUAGCCGCGAGGAUGGAAUGCAGUUGGCUCCUGAAUAUGUCGACCCAACAGCAGGUCUAAUGAAAGUCGGUCGAGAUGGUCGACCACUCUAUGUCAAACCGGUUGAACACAUCGAGGAGCAGAUCGAUCUGUCAUUCGAACAAUCCGAGGAUGGAAUUUACGAGCUCUCACCCAGUAUUGUUGACUAUACAAGUGAGGGUCUGAAACAACCAAUCCCCUCGAACAGAAUGCAUUCUGUCGAUGGCGAGACAGCCGGCCUCCACUGUGACAUUCCGGGAGUCAGGCUGUACGCCGACGCUGCAAGAGAUAUCACAUUCUGGAGAUUCAACCUUGAAGUCGAGCUUCGCUCAACAGAGCAGCGAAUUGCAUACCGAAUCAACCAAGGACCUGCGCUCGGAUUCUGGAUUCCCGCCGCCGGGGAGUCCAUGAACAUCAUGUUCCAAACUGGUAAUGGAUUCAGCCCCUCCGCUGACUCGGAUCGUGUUUGCGGACCCGACCCGCUAUGGCGCGAUAUCCUCAACGAGCACCAGACUCGUCCUUUCCAUGUUAUGGUAGGAGGUGGUGACCAGAUCUUUAACGACUCCGUUAUCACCGAGUCCAAGCACUUCCAGGAAUGGAUCAAGAUCAAGAACGCCGCCGAAAGAUAUGGUGCGCCGUUCACACCUGCCUUCCGUGCCGAAAUUGAGCAGUUCUAUCUUGAUAAUUAUGCCGCAUGGUUCUCACAGGGUCUCUUUUCUUUGGCCAAUUCGCAAAUCCCUAUGGUCAAUGUUUGGAAUGAUCAUGAGAUUUUUGAAGGCUUCGGAUCCUAUCAUGAGGACUUUAUGCACACUUCAGUCAUCUCUGGGAUUGGUAAAAUUGCUUUCAAGUAUUAUUUGCUUUUCCAGCAUCACAGUGUGCCCGACGAAACGGAAAUUGAAGAGCCCAGUUGGCUUCUUGGGGCUCACCCAGGUCCAUACAUUGGCCAGAGAAGUCGGAAUCUGUUCAUGUCCUUUGGAAAGGGUGUCUCUUUCCUUGGGCUGGAUUGCCGUACUGAAAGACGGAGUACUGAGGUCCUUAGCGAGGAGACUUGCGAUAUGCUUUGGGACCGCUGUCAUAAAGAAAUUAUGAAAGGAGAGACAAAGCACUUGAUUGUUCUCUCGAGUGUACCUGUGGCUUACCCCAGAGUGGCAAUGCUCAGGAACUUCAUGAACAGCCGCAAGUCUCUUGGUAAGGCCGGCGUCCUUGGUGGUCUUGUCAACAAGUCGGGUGGAAAUGUUGAGGUGUUCGAUGAUCACUGGGCCGGCAAACACCUCAAGUCUGAGCGGACAUGGCUGGUUGAGGAUCUUCAGGACUUGGCUGCAGAGAAAUCAGUCCGAGUGACAAUCCUCAGCGGUGACGUGCACCUUGCUGCAAUCGGACAGUUCUACUCAAACCCCAAGAUGGGCGUCGCUAAAGAUCACGAUUAUCGAUACAUGCCAAACGUCAUCUCUUCUGCCAUUGCAGACAUCCCCGAGGCGGAUUUGGUUUCAGACAUGCUGAACAAGCGCAACACCGUCCACCACAUGGAUUCAAACACCGACGAAGAUGUCAUUCCCAUCUUCACCCAGGAUGUGAAUGGCAAACCCCGAAACAACAAGCGACUCCUGCCCCGUCGAAAUUGGUGUUCUAUUCGCGAGUAUAAGCCUGGCUCUACCCCACCCGGUACCCCCGAGUCCGAGGGGCCACCGACUCCGGAGCCCCGACCAGGCAAGCUGCAGCGUACUUUGUCCCUGGGUCGAGGAGACAAGGGACCCCCAGGUACAGGCAAGCCUGGAAUACUCCGACGCCUCUCAACCCGCGGUGCCCCUCCCACAAGAACCAUGAGCUUCAGCCGAGGCGACGAGACCGGCUUCAACCGACGUGCCAGCGUCGAUGUCCCAUCCCAACCCCACGAAGGUGGAGAUGGGUAUUUCGCAGGAACCGCAGCUCCCACACGACCAGGCACCUUCCACCGCCGGCCAACGAACCUGAGCCUGAAGGCCAGAAAGGCUGCCAAGGGCGAUGACGGUGCAGGCACCUACAUCAACCUCGAAGGUGGACUCGCUAUCACUCUAAACCUUGAAAUUAGCUCCUCCGACCCAGCGGGCAUCACGGCCCCGUACAAAAUGCUCGUUCCCGCACUAUACUACGAUGGGACCGAAUACGAUCCACCCCCAACGCAGAUAGUUAAAGGCUGGAGAAAGUUCAUACCGCGUCGAAAGAAGCACGAAUUGAGCUCCGGCGCUGAUAAAGAUGCGGAAGACGAUCUCAGCGAUGAUGACCUAGACGAUUCCGAGGACCCUGACCUGAUCAAUAAUACCCGCGCCAACGCUGCUAUGGCUCAACACCCACACUAUGAAGGUUAUAACGGGAGCGAAGAAGAUGAUUAUUCGGAAAGCGAAGUUCCCCAACGCCUACCUCAACAUAUGACGACCGAGCCUUACCCUCAGCCCGAAGAGGAUACUCGUCCUCGGAAGAAGUGGUUUGGUGUGAUCUAA